AUGACAGAAUCAAGUAGCAAAGAGUCUUCGACGACGACGCGGGAAUGGGACUCCGACAAUGAGGAGGCCCUGUCGCUCUGCGAUCUUCCGUUGGUCCGGCCGCAGGCGGAUGCCUCGGCCACCACCCUCAUUGCCACCAAGGAGCAGCCGAAGCAGCUCCAACCCACUUCCUCCGACGACGAUUUCGAGUUCGAGUUCGCCUCCUGGGUGUCCCUCCUGCUGCCGGAUUCCGGCGAUAUGUGCGCCGCCGACGACGUCAUUGCCGGCGGACAGCUCCUCCCGUUCCGGCCUUCCGUCAGCUCCGAGAAAGGCCUUCUCGACUCGGCGGAACGGUCGUGCCGACCCAGCCGAUCAGACUCGUUGGAGCACUCGUUGUGCUUCACCAGCAGUAGUCGCGGAUCUUCGAGCAGCCGGAGCAGCGGUUUCUUCGAUUCGGCACCGGAGAAGAGGCGGUGGUCGACGGAUUCUGCCGGGCUUUUCACGGCUGCGAGCCCGAGACCCGGAAGGCGAGAGAGCUCUCCGGCUGUGGUCGCCGGAAAAAAGAAGGUGACCACGACCAAGAUGGGGCUUUUCCGGCUGGGACUGAUGAGAACACCGGAGAUACAACUGGGGGACCUCAAGCAGCGGUUGAGGAGGAGGGAGGAGUUGGGGAGAAGCCGAAGAGAGUCGCAAACGUCGACGUCAUCGUCUUCCUCGUCGUCUUGGAAAAUCUUCCGGGGGUUGGAUUGCCGGUGCUCCGCCAUCGACACCGUCUCCUCAGCCGUGACCAGACGCAACACCGUUACGAAACAAGCCGGUGAAGGACGAGAUGAGACGGAGGAGGAGAUGCUGCGGAUUCGGUUACUCCAGGAGAAGAACGUGACGUCCCGUCUCCGGACCGUCGAGUGGCUCAACGAGCUCCCUUUCGCACUCAGAGCGUGA